AUGCGGUUCCUCGCACGGCAGCUCUCCUUCCCCACACCCGGGACGGCUCCAGACGCACCCGGACGAGGAUUUGCGUUUCAGAGAAAGCUAAAGGUUGAAAGACAGUACAGGAAAUUAUUGAAAAAGGGAAGAAAGGUCAAUUCGCAACAGGAUGAUCAGUUUACCGAUACUUAUCCAGAGCACUUGAAACAUCUUUACCUGGCCGAGGAAGAAAUGCUUAAGAAACGGCGCAGGGCUCCAGAUGAUUCGGUUUUAUCAGAAGAAAAACUUAGUAAAGCAGUAGAGCCAGUUAUGACUGAAGGGAAGUUUAAGAAGAAAACAUCCAAUCAGAAGGCAAAAGAAGAGUAUGAAAAAAUAAAGGCUGAGCAUGCUAGAAAGAAAGAGGAAGCAGAAAAAAGAAGACAACAAAGAGAAGCAGCUCAACGGUUGUACAAGCAAAAAAAAAUGGAAGCUUAUAAAAUACUGUGUAAGAAGACAAAAAGAGGACAGCCAAAUCUAAACUUACAAAUGGAGUUUCUUCUUCAGAAAAUACAGCAGAAUACGUAAACCUCUGCAUACAUCUUAAUUGUGUGUUUUGAGUUACCUAUGGACAGUUUAUUAAAUUACUUUUAAUAAAUAGUAUCUUUUUGCUUCUGUGUGACUUUUGUCAUUGGCUUGAUUUAUCUCAUCAGUCCAAUAGUGGAGGAUGUUCGUCGUGGAAAUAUAUAUUCAGUGCUGAGAGUGAGAGAGAUCUGGUACCUUGAAAAUGAAUGGUCUGUAUUUCUAAACUUAA